AUGGCAGCCAAAGUCAAAUUAUGCCUCCAAGUCAAUGCGAAACACCCUGACACUUUCCGUCCCGACACGAUCAGCUUGCCGCCUCUGCACUACGAAUCCAUGAUAAAAAAGUUGAAAUUGCCAACAAAUGCUUUGGAAUUGACUGCAGGUGUUGGGCCCCUGUUCUGGUGGGAAUUCGUCCAGAGGAAUGGAAAGAAACGCCUAGAUAUUAUCUUCAGAAAGGCCGACGUUGAGAAAAUGCGCAGGACUCGCGGCUGGGAGCUGAUCCUCAGCCAUGAUUUCGAAGAGAACAUGACAACGGGUUUCUACAAAGGGACCGGCUCGUCAAAGAUGGCAGAUGUGCUGGACUCUCUUAAGCAAUGCGCUGAUAAUACUUAUCACCCGCUGCUGAUACCGCUCAUAAUCUUCGAAAUGGAGUGUAUGGCAGGCACCGAGCUCAGGCAGCGAACAGCUAGGGCCUGGGUGCGGAGCAUAGAAAACCAGCUCGGACAGGAGUUGGAACAUCCAACAGAUGAUAGCCUUCAUCUGGCUGAGCUCCAUACUGAGCUCCUCCGCCGGGACAUCGUUGAGUGUCACGCUCAGGUGCUGUGGAAAGCUCCAAAGGACUAUAUCCGCAUACUUCAGUCAUUCCGUGCCUGCUUGAGAAGACUGGGCCCUGAAGUUUCAAACACCAAGGAUGUGGCUGAGACGCACCAGAGGUUUGGGUCUAGAGUGGAUUUCCUUGAACAGCGUUUUGAGAGCCUCAGCAUCUAUAUGGAUAAGACCCUGAUGCGGCUAAGCAUGCAGCAAGAUGCAUUGGUUAAUCUCAUUGCGAGGCAGGAGAACCGGCUCACCGUGAGACUCGCUGGAGAACAACGAGCGCUUGCUUACGCCAGCAAAAAUGACUCAACCGCGAUGAAGGCCUUGUCCCUACUUGGAGCAAUAUUCCUGCCCGGAGCUUACGUAGCAUCCAUUCUGUCUACCACCUUCUUCGACUUUCACGAUUCGGCAGACUUGUCGUCAGCAGUGUCGCCAAGAUUCUGGCUCUACUGGGUGGUAGUGGUUCCUUUGACGAUGUGCGUGGUUGCAGCCUGGUAUAUAUGGGAAAGGCAGAGGAAGAGAAAAACACACGAGGUGGCGGAAGCUCUUAAGCAACAGGGCGUGAACGUAGACCAAAUGGAAGCGGAGCUGCUGGCGGCGAUGAGAGAGAGGGUGAGGGGUUCGGGGGAAGAUCGAUACGGUUAG